ACAGAAAGAAUCUAACGGUGAUAAGUUAUCAGCGUGAAACUGAAGCUUCCCAUUUCUCUGUUUUAAAACCCCAAAUCUCCCUCUCAUCCCCUCUCAUCUCAUCUCUUCUCAUCUCUUCUCUUUGUUUACACAUACACCUCAUAAGAGUAGCAAACACAUCGCUCUCCUCUCCUCUCGCAUUAUCCGAAAACAUGAAAGAUUUGUGGAAAGCUGCAUUUCCAGUGGGAACUGAGGUGGAUCAGUUAGAUACAGUUUACGAUGGUUUCAAUUGGAAUUUCAAAACUCUUGAAGAAGCAUUUGAAGAAGGAGGAAUGCUCUAUGGGAAGACAGUCUAUGUUUUUGGAGGUGCAGAACUUCAGCUUGACGAAGAUGCACACAAGAUUAUCAAUGUCCCAACAGUUAUUGUUAUUGAAUCACCCGUUCCGCCUUCUGACAAGCUAGAUAUCGGAUCGAUUCAGCGUGGAAUGGAAAUAAUUCCAAUGAAGCAGAUGGGGAUGGAAUGGGUUCCUUACGUUCCUUCUGAAAAUAGAGAUGGACAAGUUGAUAGGAUGAACUCUCAAAUUUUCAGCAUGCGCUGUACUCUGACUAGAGAUGCUCUCAGAGAUAUGAAUGAAGAUGAUGCGAAGAAGUCCUCCUAUUGCCGUGCUUAUUUCUAUCAACCAUUUGAGGAAUCUGAAAUUGAACAUGAUGCUGUAGUCGAUAUAUUGUUUCCCUCUAAUCCGCCGGUUGUAUGUAUUUUUAACUGGGAGCUUCAAAAGCUUGAGGAAUUUGUUGAUGGACUGAUUCAAGAUGGAGAAUUAUCUGCAGAACAAAAGAAUGAAUUCAAAGAAUUUGUCACAGCGCGUGUUGGAGAAGCAAUGAAAGUUAAACGAGAGGCAAGAGAAGCUCGACUGAAAGCGAUAGAAGAAAUGAGCGAAGAAACUAAGGAAGCCUUCCAAAACAUGAAGUUCUACAAAUUCUACCCUCAGCCUUCACCAGACGUUCCUAGAUUCCAGACGUCGUCGCUCAUUAACCGAUACUACGGGAAUGCUCAUCAAGUCCUUUGAUAUGAAACCUUCAAGAACCAAGAAACAAAUGCCUACCUAUGUAGUUAAAAAUCCAGUUUGUACUUUUAUCUUUUAUCUUUUGUUUUUUUUUGUUUGUUUUAAAAGCCUUUAAAUUUGUCUUCAAAAGAAUAUGAAAUUGUCAUUACUUUGCGUUU